AAUCUGACAGGAAUUUCAACAAUCCACAGCCAGACACAGGAACUGGAGCGGAGGGAUCAGGUUACCAGAACCACUAAAGAACAGCUUAGGGAUUGUUGUCUUAACUUGUUUUUUUCUCUCACUUUCUGCCUCCUUUAAUUCUGUGUUGGACACAGUGAGGUGUGUGGACACACGGAACGAGAACAAUGUGGAAGGCAGCAGCGUUUAUGUUCGUGCUGCUACACACAGAUAUGCAGGUGAUAGGGGAUCCGGAUAAGACUGAGACAGAAACAUCUAAGGUAGAGAACCAGCAGCAGACAGACGGUAUUUUUCCAAGUCAUGCUGCCUCCUCUGCAUACUCCGGUAAGCUGCUAAUUGUACCCAUGGAUGGGAGCCACUGGGUGACCAUGAAGGCCAUUGCCCAAGAAAUGGGUCGCCGUGGACACCGGGUCACCGUGGUGAUACCAGAGGUCAGCAUACGGAUGGGUCCGGGGGAACACUACGACACCGUGACUCAUCCCGUUCCCUACGACAAGGCUCACAUGGAUUCUGUGUUGUCCAUGAACAAAGACAUGAUUCAGAAGUCUGCAGAGCCCUUCAUGGAGAAGAUGAAGAAACGAUUCUCAAGAUUCCAGAAAGUGGCAGAAAUCCUUCACAUCACAGCAGAAAGUCUACUGUUCAAUGACAGCCUCAUCUCACAUCUGGCAGAGCAGGGCUUCGAUGCCAUGUUGACAGACCCCAUGGUCCCCACAGGCGCACUGAUGGCUCGGAAAUUUGGUAUCCCCAUUGUUAAUGUGCUGAGAGGAAUUCCAUGUUCCUUGGAUAUAAAAUCUUCUGGCUGCCCUGCCCCACCCUCAUAUGUGCCCCGCUUUUUGACUGGAUACACCGAUACAAUGAGCUUCAAGCAGAGGGUUGUCAACACUUUGGUAUCUUUGUGGGAGCCGCUGCUCUGCCGAUUGCUGUACUGGCAUUUUGACAAUAUAGCCUUUGAGUUCCUAGGAGAGAAGGUGGGCAUCGCUGAGGUGCUGUCAGACUCUGAUAUCUGGCUGAUGAGGUUGGACUUCACAAUGGAGUUCCCACGUCCUCUCAUGCCAAAUGUAGUACUAGUUGGUGGCAUCAACUGCAAUGUGAGAGCUCCUCUCCCUGAGCAUUUGGAGUCCUGGGUGUCAGGGGAGCACGGGUUUGUGGUGUUCACUCUGGGCACCAUGGUGUCAGAUCUCCCAGAAGAAAUUGCCUCUAUCUUCUUAGAGGUUUUCAGGCGGAUUCCACAAAAAGUGAUAUGGAGAUAUACAGGUCAGGUUCCUGACAACGUCCCAGGAAACGUGAAGAUAAUGAGCUGGGUGCCUCAGAAUGAUCUGCUCGCACAUUCUGGAGCCCGGGCUUUCAUCACGCACGCUGGAUCACACGGUCUAUACGAGGGACUGUGUCACGCUGUUCCCAUGGUGAUGCUGCCGCUAGGCGGGGACCAACCUGACAACGCUAGGAGAAUGGCGAGCAGGGGAGUGGGAGUCGAGUUGGAUAUUUCUUCUAUCACUACAGAAAGCCUGCUUCAGGCACUGAAUGAGGUCAUAAAUGACAUCAGGUAUAGAGAAAAUAUACAGAAGCUGUCAGCUAUCCAUAAAGACCGGCCGACUGAGCCUCUCGACCUGGCGGUGUACUGGACAGAAUAUGCGAUGCGCCACAAAGGGGCGAAACAUCUUAAAUCAGCCGGCCAGAAACUCAACUGGAUCCAGUACUAUUGCCUGGAUGUGAUAUUGCUCCUAGUUACUGUAGCUCUGGUUUUAGGAAUACUGACGGCAAAAUGCAUGAAACUGUGCUACCGGAAACUGAGCAGGAAAACGAAACUGGACUAAAUGUUCACGGAGAGUGUGUAAGAAGAAUAAGUGAAGUCAUGUGGUGACCAAAUAGACAUUUAAUAAAGAAAACAGAAUAUUAUCACA